AUGCCCCCUGUCCAGUCCCAGCUCGUCGGAACCUGGAAACUCAUUGAGUUUAAAGCUACCCGGGAGAAUGAUCCGAGCAAGACACCUAUUUACCCCAUGGGUCACGGUGUACAGGGAAUGUUGCAGUACUCCCACGAUGGCUAUGUCUCAGUGCACCUAAUGCGCUCUUCAGCCGAUGCUGCAUAUAUUACUCAGGACAGUCCGUAUCAGAAAUAUGUGGCCUAUGCCGGACGCUAUGAAGUGGACUGGAAUGAUAAAAUUAUUCUCCUGCGACACUAUCUGACUUUCUGCUCCUACCCUGACUGGGCUGGCAGCCUACAGAUCCGCCAAGCCGAAUUUCAUGGAAAUUAUCUUACGCUACAGACAGUGAACCCACUGCAAGGGGAGGUACAUUUGUCUCAAUACUUUAAAGUGUGA